AUGGUAAAUGACGUGAAAAAGAGAACUAAAACAGCAUCAACAUCAUCACCAACCAAGCCUCCAGUUGUUCCACUAUCAAAAGAGGAGAUUUACAAUAAUGUAAUUUCGUUUGAGGAAAGUGAAGAAAGCCGGUUUAAGCGUGAUCAUUUUAAGGAAUGCUUUAAUGAGCUAAAUAAGAUCAUUGAAGAUGUUAAAGCAUUAAAAGGACUCAAAACUGAUGAGGCAAAAAAGAGGAUAGCUGAGAAGAGAAUUCAAGGAUCAAUGGUAAUUGUUAAAUUAAAGAAAUUGAAUAGGCUGGAUAAGUUGCGUUUACAUGGUCAUCGAGAAACACUUCAAAAGGAAAAGUUGCAAGCAGACAGCAAUCGACUCAAAUUACAAAACUUAAUUUACGAGGCAAAUCAUUUAAAAAAGGAAAUCAACAAGUGCUUCUCGUUUAAAAGUGAAGAUGAAGAUAUUGAGUUAGUUCCAGUUGAAGAGUUCUUAGAAAAAGCUCCAGAAAUAUUAAAAGGUGCCGAAACUAUCGAAGAUGAGCACACGAUGAGAAAGGCACGUCUCCAGUUUGAGUUGCAGCAACGAAAGGAAUAUUCUAAACAGUGCAAGGAUCUUGAAAAAGAUAAGGAAGAUGUGGCUGAAAAAACUGUCGAAGUCAAAAAGAAUUUAAAUUCAAUUUAUCCAUGCUUACAAGAAGUUUUGAAGACAACACGACCAAUUCAGCAGAUCCUUAAUAUGCCAUUUGAAAAGGAAUGGGAAAUUCAAAAAUUAAUUAGACUUUUACCUCAGCCAUUAUACCUAGCAUACACGAAACUUUGUGCUUACUCUGAAGUUAUUGAUAAAAGGCUUUCAGUCUCAAUUGAAGGCGACGAGGAAGAAGCAAAGAUCAUUGAAAUGGAAAGGAAACAAAUGAAGGACCGAGCUGCAUCUGACGUAGAAGAUUCAGACAACGAAGUAGAUGAAAAUGACUUUGAUGAAGGCAUGAAUCAUCGAAAAAUUAAGCGACGACAAUCACAAAUUGAAAAUCUAAAGCAAAAACGUCUGGAUUUGUUUAAGCAUCAUCCAUUAAGUGUCAAAUUUAAUAUAAGCAUGAAAGAUAUCGAAGAAACAUUUUCUGUGAUCCUUAAUUAUCUUCCUGCACUCGGAUUUAUAACAGUUCAAGGAAAAUUCAAUAUAGAUUCUAAUGGAUCUGUUGCAGCUGCUGACAUUAUCACACAGGAACGCAUUUUAAGUAGCUUAUAUGCUGAUGAUUUUGCAGAAGGAAGUCCAAAUCCGAAAACCAUUUUCCAGCUUCAAAAUGUUCAAUUGAAUCCAAAUGAUUUAGAUAAAGCAUUAAAUGAGAAGAAGCUAGGUAAGCCAUUUAAAUGGGCGCAAAAUCUAUGUGGAAUCAGCUUUACUGAGCAUUUAAAUAUCGAUCAAUCACAAAAAUUGUGCGAAGAAACUGUCCCAGAUUUAAUCAGACAAAUAAGACGUAAAUUGAGAGCCAGAAUCAGUCUUUACAAUCAAAUCAAACUUCUUGAAAAUGGAAAAAUUAAGGAUAAGAUUUCAGUUCGUGUCUCUUGCAUCCUUCAACUUUUUGUCUCAAUAUCUUAUCCUGAAUAUUGCGUAGAGAUAUGCACAAAACGGUUCGUUCAAGAAGGAAUUGUUAAUCCUAAUGAUGUGUUUUAUCGUGCUGUAAUUACACGUGGUUCUGCAAAACUUGAAUGCUACAUUUGCAUUCCAUCCAAUUUCCCAUCGGACUAUCCUAUUUUUGCUGUCGAUUUGAGCUGGAAUGAUUUUAAAUAUAAUGCAGAAACAUCAGCACAUACACGAGAAAUUGAAAACUUGAUAAAUAAUUUUGAGGUGAAGAGUAACGAAGAGCUGCUUAUGGAACAACUUCAUCGAACAAUGACAUCAUUUGACAUAUUUUUGGAAACUGAAUCGAGUCAACAUGAAAAUCCCGAAUUUCAACAGGAAAAACGUCAUUCUUAUGGUUUUCAAGGAAAGGAACGUUCCCGACCAUACAAUCCAAAACGAAACUUGACUUUAUUCUCAUCAGGUUCUUACAAUUAA